CGUGUAUUAGGAAUCGCCGGCGGUUCUCGGAGCUGAAGAAAACUUCACGCCGAGUUACCCUCAAUCGAGCAAAUAUGUCUCUCUUGUCGAUGAUAGGCGUCUCGGACGAGAUCCGACGGAUGUCCUUCCGACAAAUCGCCUUCCAGGUGCUGAACUUUCUCAUGAUCGUCGCUUCAGCUCUGAUGAUUUGGAAGGGUUUGAUGGUUCUCACAGGCAGCGGAUCUCCCAUCGUCGUCGUUCUCUCAGGUUCGAUGGAACCAGCCUUCCAACGGGGAGACCUGUUGUUCCUGACCAACUACGAGAAGGAUCCGGUCAAUAUUGGUGAUAUCGUAGUGUUCAAAAUCGACGGGAGGGACAUUCCCAUAGUACACAGAGUCAUAAAAUUCCAUCAGAAAGAAGACGGCACAAUGAAGAUUCUCACGAAAGGCGACAACAACUCUGUCAACGACCGAGGUCUCUACGCUCCCGGACAGUUCUGGUUGGAUCGAAAGGAUAUUGUUGGGCGAGCCCGUGGUUUCGUUCCAUACGUCGGGUGGUUGACGAUCUGUAUGAACGAUUUCCCUCGUUUGAAGUAUUUCGUUCUCGGAACGCUUGGAUUGUUUGUUGUACUUCGGCGUGAAUGAGACAUUGUUGGAGCGAGUGGAGGAUUGACGUCUAGGAACAAACACAUCUUCACAUGCUGUACGUUAGGUAUCUACAGAUAUUUUUUGACAAAUUGAGCCUGGAUGAAUAAAUACAAUCCGUGUAUAUUUAUGUGGAAA